GUAGUUUCUACAGACGAGUGCUACUAUGGAAAAGUGAUAAACUGUGGCCACAUAUUAUGGGAGGAUGGAAACUCUUGGGUCAAAGUUCAGGAUAUCAACCAUGUUCACAUUGUAUACAUGAACCAUUUGGAUGUUGGCUACAAUGGUCUUACCACCGAGAAGGGAUUUGUAAAUAAUGUGCUGAACCAAUAUUUUAAUAUUUACUACCCAAGAGCAAUCCGAAUUGCGAACACUCUGCGUUUACUUGGUGGUAAUGAGACGUUCAUUUAUACGACCCAUCCAUGGCUGGUCAGUCUUUAUUUAGACUGCCCUCCCAGUUUAGAACUUGCUGGUAUUAAACUUAUAUGUCCAUCAAAAGAAGACAAGAAUCGUUUUAAAAAAGCAGUCAAGCGAGGUGACAUAACGUGGCAUGCUGGACCAAUGAACUUGCAGACAGAUAAUAUUGACAAAUCACUUUUUGAGUAUUCUUUGACUAUCAGCGAAGACUUGGAUAAAAGAUUUGGAAUUGUGAGAAAAAACAGAGUUCUUAGUCAGCGUGAUGUUCCAGGUGGUUACCCUGAUUCACCUGGUACUGGACCGCUUAUUCCUGGUGGUUUAUCACGUGAUGAUUGUGUGAUUGUAGAUGGAUUUGAUCAUGCAUUGUGUUUUGCUUUCCGUACUGACAAUAGAGGACCUCCCUUGGAUGCCUUGGUAGGUUGUAUUAUAUUCCAAAAAAGACGAUUUGAAGAGAUUGAGUUAUCUUGGUCUGAGCAACGUGAGUUCAUACAGUUAUCAAUUGAUGCUUUACAAGACCAUCCCUUAAAACAGACAAUUGAACAGAGGUUACAAGAAUUAGAACCCAAUGUACCAAAUACAACAGGAUAUGGUAAAAUCAGUGUCCCCACAGGACCUGUUAGCUGUGAUGGCAAUGUAACAAUACGUCUCGGUCGUCAUGGUGAAAUAAUACAGUUUCAUGAUAAAAACACUAAUAUUGACUGGGCUAAAUGUUCUUCUGAUAACUGCGCACUUGGUUUAAUGAUGUAUCAUAGUUAUAAUGACACAGACAUCAACAGCUUCAGUCAACAGUACAACUUCCAUGGCUCAGGGGGUGCAGGCUUUCAUAAAACAGGAAUGACCAAGUUAGCCCACCCACAACAAAAUACUUGGAUCAUGAAUGUACAGGAAAUGUGGCAGAAACAAGAUGGUUCAUGUAGCUUCAUUACCAAGCUUUCCUUCCCUGACAACCAAAGUUGGGUAUACUAUGGAGCUCCUAAGGUUCUUUGGACUAAGAUGGAGGUAACACAGAUUAAGAAGACUACAGGCAUUGAUAUUGAGAUUAACUAUUUCAAUAAGACAUCUACAAGGUUACCAGAAUCUAUGAUGUACAACUUUUUUCCUGCUGCCAUGGCUGGUUACCAAUGGAAACUGUAUAAGAUGGGAGGAGGACUUGUUGAUCCAAUGAAUGUUGUUUUGAAUGGAAGUCAAAUGUUGCACGGAAUCCAAGAUGGUGUACGUUAUUCAAAACCCGGUUCUCAUGGUAUUAAAAUAACCUCACCUGAUAUACCAGUGGUCGGCAUAGUAACAGAAAAUCAUGCUGCUUCACCAUACACUGUGCCUUUAAAUCCGUUGAGUGUUUUGCCAUUAGGAAUGGCUUAUAACUUUUUUAAUAAUAUUUGGGACACUAAUUAUAUAUUAUGGUAUCCAUUCCAGAGAGGAGAUGAAAGCUUCAAGGCUCGAUUUAGACUCAGUUUACUUUGA